UUGCGUUUACUCCAUCGAUGGAGAAGACAUUGCCAUCGUCAUCACUCACUGAGAAUCUCCUCAUUGAAGAGAGAGCAGAAGUGAUGGUUUCCGAGAAUGGCCGUCGCUUUAGAAGAGCCCAUUUUCUAAAACCCUCUUCGACCUCCAUUGAUGGUUCUGCAGCCAAGCUUCCCCGUCGUGAAGAACAACGUCGCUCCGAUACUUCUUUGCAACUAAAGCGCUUGUCUUCGAGGGGAUUAUUCUCGGGGUUUUGGUUUGCAGAGCUUCAUUUCGUCUCUUGGCUUGGAAAAAUGGAAGCUUUGUAUGGUCACAUUUGGAAAAAAGCAGGGAUUUUUGAAGCAAUCAAGGCAUCGGCUUACAAUAUCACCAAAAACCCGUCUCUGAUUUUCUCCGUUGCAGAGAAAUGGUGUUCUGAAACCAAAUCCUUCAUCUUCCCAUGGGGUGAAGCGACGAUAACGUUAGAGGAUGUAAUGGUGCUUCUAGGGUUUUCUGUUUUGGGUUCUCCUGUUUUUGCUCCUUUAGAGAGCUCGGAGAUGAGAGAUUCCGCAGAGAAACUGGAGAAAUUAAGAGCAAAGAAAGCUAUCAAAGAUAAGAGAGUGAGCAUACUAUCAUGGAUUUCCAUCUUCUUGGGUAGAGGUGAUCAGAUGGAACAUGAAGCUUUUCUUGUAUUGUGGCUUUCGUUUUUUGUUUUUCCAGCUAGAUCUCGUCGUUCCAUUUCGAAACAUGUUAUCCCAAUCGCUGUUCGUUUAGCUAGAGGUGAAAGGAUUGCUCUUGCCCCUGCUGUUCUCGCAGUUCUGUACAAAGAUUUGGGUCAACUCUGUGAUUUCGUUAGAGGAAAAUGUGCUGGCAAAGUUCAGUUCAAGUCUCUGUUUAAGUUAGUCCAAGUUUGGGCAUGGGAGAGGUUCAGGAACAUAAGACCAAAGGCUAGAGAGAUACCCAAAGGUGAACCCAGGAUAGCUCAGUGGGACAGUCUCGUACAAAGAUCUAAUAAAGUAAGAAUGAAUUUUGAUGAUUUCGACUGGCGACCUUACACUAAACCGUUGAAGAACUGGAACCCUCUUCGGUUUUACCUUGAAGAAGCUAUGUGGGUGACUGUUGAUGACAAUCUUGAAGAUGAGUUUGUUUCAUUUGCUCGAUGUGUGAGGAGUUCUCAGCUUGUUGGGAUUGGUUUUGUUGAGGAUUACUAUCCUAAUCGUGUUGCAAUGCAAUUCGGGCUGGCUCAAGAUCUCCCUGGUUUGGUUACUCUUCACAGACACUUUACAGAAAAGGAGUCUUGGGAUGAUUACAGUAAGUCUCUUAAGGGUUUUAAGCUCUACAUGCCUUCACGCCUUGAUCAAGGUUCGGUCACUGCGAGAUACCAAGACUGGUGGUUGAAAUCAGUUUCAGACUCUCUGGGUUCUAAAGAGAUGCAGAAAGAAUACGAAGCUUUUAAUGCAAGGAAUACAUUUGAUGAUGACGAUGAUGAUAUAGAUGUAUCUCCCAAUGUAUUGCCUUUGAGUCAAGUGAUUCAGAAGUUGGAAGAAGGCUUUCCUGCAAAAUACAGAAGAUCUAGGAUGAGUAGGUUAGCAAAGAGAUAUGUGCACAGGACGCGAGCUCGUGAGGAUGAUGAUGAGAGCUCUAUGGAUGAAGAAGCUGGUUACAUGACCGUUUCCCAAUUGAUCAGAUUUAGGAAGAAGUUUAGUGAUGUAGAGCAACCUGGAGGUGAUGCUUCUGAAUCAUUUGGAAAAAGAACUAGAAGAUAUCGGGUGGUGGAUAGCGAUGAUGAUUCAGAGCCUUGUCAAAACCAUGCUUCGAUGGAAGUAGAGGAUGAUGAUACUGCCAAAAUAGCAGAGAUCACAAGGCAAUCAUGUGAUAAUGUAAAUGGAAGACAUGUAGAGAAGAAGGCAAUGAUCGAUGAUGAGAUCAAGGAAGCAGAGUCUUGGGUACAUGAAGAUAGAGAAUUGAAGAAGAGAUGCAUUGGAAAGAUUGCAAGUGAAGUUAAAAAGGAAGAAGAAGUUGAUGAAAAAUUGAGGCAGAGAAAGCUUGUAAUAGAGAGGAUAGCAUUGGAGCUGGAGACUCGAAUUAUCAAGGUGGAGAAGAGUUUGGCAAAGAUUAGAAAUUGGAAAGCCAGAGACCAGACCAAAGUUGGAAUGUCUCUGCUUAGGUAGUUUAUGCCAUUUGAUCUGAAACUUUUCAAGAAAAUUUUAGGGAAAC